UGCAAGCUUUAUCGUCGCCCCAUCCUACCCCCACUCUUGUCUAUACUAGACCCGAAAAUGGAGGGAAUGAGCAAGCCCCUCGGCCUUCUGUCCGACAUUGCGCACAGAUUAUGGAUCAUUACAGCCCACUGAUGCUGGAUAUAUUCACCUGAGAUACCUGAAUAGCAUCAGCAACAAGCAACAACAGUAGGCAACGACACAAUGGCUCCCAGCGCUCCCCCAAUUCUUGAUUUCUCCCCCUUCUACGGAGGCGACAGCGAGGCCAAGACCCAGCUGGUUGAGGCCGUCCGCAACUGCUGCCUCUACAAUGGCUUCUUCCAGAUCACCGGUCAUCGCGUGCCACUCGACCUACAGCGUCGCGUUAUGCGCUGCGCCGAGCGAUUCUUCGACCUCCCGCUAGAAGAGAAGCUCAAGAUCGAUAAGAACAACAACAGUUUCAACCGCGGCUACGAACUCCUCCGCUCGCAGAUGCUCGAAGUAGGCACCGGCCCCGAACUCAAAGAGGGCUUGUACAUCGGCCAGGAAAUCCCCGAAGACCAUCCCUACUACAUUCAGAAGAAGCUCAACAGCGGUCCAAACCAGUGGCCACUGACCGUGCCCGAUAAGGAAGAUUUUCAACGCACAUCGAUGGAAUACUACAAUGCGGUAUUUGACUUGGCAAAGGACGUCCUGUCUCUUUUGGCUUUGACUCUGGAUGUAAAUGAGGAUUACUUCGACCCACUCACCGACGGAGCGGUCGCAACUAUGCGCAUGUUGCAUUAUCCUGCGCAGCCUAAGGAUGCAGACGAAAAGCUAAACCGAGGUAUUGGUGCACAUACUGAUUUCGGAUGCAUUACACUGCUUCUGCAGGAUGAGGUGGAUGGAUUGCAGGUUUUGGAUGCACCUACUGGCCAGUGGCUUGAUGUUCAACCAGUUCCUGGUGCCUACGUUGUCAAUCUCGGCAACCUGUUCAUGCGCAUGGCCAACGACCGGUACAAAUCCAACAUUCACCGCGUCAUUAACAAGUCCGGCCGCGAGCGGUACUCAAUCCCGUUCUUCUUCAGUGGAAACCCUGAUUACCUGUGCGAGUGUCUGCCCAACUGUCGCGCGGAGGGAGAGGCACCGAAGUAUCCACCUAUCACCGUUGAGGACAUGGUGACGGCUUCGUAUAAGGAGAGCUACGGACGGGCGGAGCAGUAUAAAAAGGAGAUGGAGGAGAAGGCGAAGCUGAAGAUGGAGACGACGCCGGCUACAGCGGCGAAGGGAGUCAUACUGGAUGACCCGGAUGUGCAGCAGUUCUAUGGCUCGUCGACCACAGAAGCAUAUCGGCUGAAGUCGGAGUUGGUGGGAAAGUGUAUGGAGGAGAUUGGGAUGGGAAGAUUCCAAUGGAAGCUCUUCGUCGUAACGGGGUUUGGAUGGAUCGUGGAUAACUUUGCAUCACAAGGCAUCAGCAGCGUCCAACCGCCUAUUAAACUCGAAUUUCCUGGUAUCGUCCAGGUCAGCUAUAGUUCGGUGGCCUACUAUACAGGCUUGAUUCUUGGUGCUUCGUUCUGGGGUAUCUCCAGCGACUUGAUCGGCCGGAAGCCCGCGUUCAACUCAACCCUCCUGAUUGCAGGUAUCUUUCUGUGUGGUGCAGCUGGCACUAAAAGCUUUUUGGCCUUUAGCGCCAUGUGGGCUGUCAUCGGCACCGCAGCGGGAGGAAAUGUCCCCGUAGAUUCGAUGAUCUUUCUUGAGUUUGUUCCUGGGAGCCACCAAUACCUCCUGACAGCCCUAUCGGCCUGGUGGAACUUGGGCCAACUAAUCGUGUCGCUUCUGGCCUGGGUCUUUCUCGCUAAUUACAGCUGUCCAACCGAUUCUACACCAGCAACAUGUCAUCAAAGUGAGAAUAUGGGAUGGAGAUACACCCUAAUUUCCCUAGGUGCUCUAUCCCUCGCCUUUACAGUCAUACGCAUCUUCAUCUUUAAGCUUCCCGAAACCCCCCGCUACCUCCUCUCCAAAGGCAAGGACCAAGCCGCCGUCGACUCCGUUAACUACGUCGCGCGCCAAAAUGGAAAGCCCGAGCCUCUGACCAUCGGCAUGUUUCAGGAGAUCGACGUCCGACUAGGGAUCACCAAUGAAUCUAACAUGUCUGCACAGGGCCCGGGUCUGAGGACUAAGGAAAUCAUCAAGGAGAACAUGAAAGACUUUCGAUCCACACACUACCAGGCCCUCUUUGCCACAAGAAAACUUGGUAUCCAUACUGGUAUCAUCUGGCUUAUUUGGCUGACAAUUGGCAUCGCCUAUCCCCUCUACUUCAACUUUCUGCCAUCCUACCUGGCCACAAAAUUCUCAUCGGACGACUCCCUUUACACUACUUACAGAAACUACUGCAUCGAGUCUGCGGUCGGCAUAGUUGGGCCGCUCUCUGCAGCUUAUUUCGUAACCACCUUCUUCGGCCGGCGUUGGAUGAUGGGUAUUUCGUCCAUCAUCACGGGCGUCUUUCUCUUCGCAUAUGUGGGCGUCAGCAAUCCAACGUCGAGUCUAGCGUUUGCUUGUAUAACAGGCAUGUUGGGAAAUUUCGAAUACGCAAUCAUGUACGCCUUCACGCCGGAAUCCUUUCCCGCUCCACAUCGAGGAACAGGUACUGGAACUGCUGCUUCAUUAUUAAGGUUUGGUGGGCUCUGUGCUAGUUUGAUUGCUUCGCAGACAGGGUUCACGCCGGCGCCCAUAUAUGCAAGUGCUGCAUUAUGGGUUGCUGUUGGGUUUGUCUGCUUUGGGCUACCAUUUGAGACGCAUGGGCAUGCGGCUAUCUAGAUGUAUGGGAUUGGUCAUUGUGCACGCUUGGAAGUGGGUAGACUGUGGUAUCGGAAAUUGGGUGUGUCUUGGCCAGAUUCAUUAUGUACCGGGUCUCUGGGUUGCUUUGCCUUUGUACGGAUUAGUUUGCCAUUAGUACCGAGUCAGUUUAUUAUGCAUCGGCAGUAAAUGUCUGGUUUUCAAGCC